GCGUGUGCGUGUGUGCUUUUUUCCUUCCUUUGAAGAUGUGAAUGGCUUCUCAGCUAGCUGGUCCUUGGGAUUCUUGACUUUGGGGAGCUGUGAGCACAAGCCACCCAUGUAAUAAUUCAUGUUGCAUGGUCGGUUGUACCAGGAAAAAAAAAGGCGCAACUGCACGGGGGUGGGGCAGAUCCAUGAAACAUUCUGGGAACAAGACAUAAGAAGAGGAAAGAGGAAUAGAAAUGUGAAUACUGAAAGACCGGAGAAGACUUUGGGAAUCUCCUGGCUGGCCCUUCCGUUUUUCGGCAGGAAUCUGGAUGUUUUCCACCUUUUCAAGUCAUCUUGGUGUUUUUCUAGUGUUUUAUAAGCCGCUUUCCAGCUAGCUGCGUAUGUGUAUAUGUGAUUGUGCGCCUGUGUAUGUGUGCGCUCCUAUCGGAUGCAUUUGGGAUGCAUUUGACAGUCUUUUUUCUAACUGCCCAGAAGCAAAUGUGUUAACUCAGAGAUGCCCCUCCGUGCCCAGGUUCUCGAAGAGUGCAGAGGACGCCCAGAACAGGUUUUCUUGCUGGAUUCUGGGCGACUGCUGGGCUGUGGAGACAGGUGUAUGGAUCAAAUCCAGAGGCUCGGAAACUAGCUGUAUUAACCCGCUUCCAGGUACAUCGCAAGGUCAAGAAAGGGUCUUGCAGCUGUCUUAAUUCCCUGCGUUUUGACUUUCCUGUUUGGGUCAGAAGAAUAUGAAUGUGUCUGUCCACAACAUUUGAAGCCCAAACUUCAGCACUUCACUUGGUUUACUGUAUAGAUAAGAGUCCCUGUAUCCAUUCAGCCAGGUAUUGAGAAGCAAUGUAGUGGCUGACAACCCUUCCCUCUGACACCAUUCUCAGCACCACCUUUGGAGAUGCGUUCACUCUGUUGGUUUUCUGCAGUAGCCAGGCCGAGUGCUGAUUCCUUCAUGGUAGUGAGGAACUCUUCAGGAUCCAGAAGCUCUUAAACCUGAUCUACAAUGGAAAAAUUCCUUUUUUACCUGUUUCUCAUUGGAAUAGCUGUGCGAGCUCAGAUCUGUCCAAAGCGUUGUGUCUGUCAGAUUUUGUCUCCUAAUCUUGCAACCCUUUGUGCCAAGAAAGGGCUUCUUUUUGUUCCACCAAACAUUGACAGAAGAACUGUGGAACUACGUCUGGCAGACAAUUUUGUUACAAAUAUCAAAAGGAAAGAUUUUGCCAAUAUGACCAGCUUGGUGGACCUGACUCUGUCCAGGAAUACAAUAAGUUUUAUUACACCCCAUGCUUUUGCUGAUCUACGAAAUUUGAGAGCUUUGCAUUUGAAUAGCAACAGAUUGACUAAAAUUACAAAUGAUAUGUUCAGUGGGCUUUCCAAUCUUCAUCAUUUGAUUCUGAACAACAAUCAGCUGACUUUAAUCUCUUCCACAGCAUUCGAUGAUGUUUUUGCUCUUGAGGAGCUGGAUCUGUCCUAUAAUAAUCUAGAAACGAUCCCUUGGGAUGCUGUAGAGAAGAUGGUGAGCUUACACACCCUGAGUUUGGAUCACAACAUGAUUGACAACAUUCCUAAGGGAACUUUCUCCCACUUGCACAAGAUGACUCGGUUAGAUGUAACGUCAAAUAAAUUGCAGAAGCUACCCCCUGACCCUCUCUUUCAGAGAGCACAGGUGCUGGCCACCUCAGGAAUCAUAAGCCCAUCAACGUUUGCAUUGAGUUUUGGUGGAAACCCCUUGCAUUGCAAUUGUGAGUUGUUGUGGCUGAGGCGCUUGUCCAGAGAAGAUGACCUUGAGACCUGUGCUUCUCCUGCACUCUUGACUGGUCGUUAUUUUUGGUCAAUUCCUGAGGAAGAGUUUUUGUGUGAGCCCCCACUUAUUACUCGUCAUACACAUGAGAUGAGAGUCUUGGAGGGUCAAAGGGCAACUCUGAGGUGCAAAGCUAGAGGAGACCCUGAACCUGCAAUUCACUGGAUUUCUCCUGAAGGGAAGCUUAUUUCAAAUGCAACAAGAUCUCUGGUGUAUGAUAACGGAACACUUGACAUCCUUAUAACAACUGUAAAAGAUACAGGUGCUUUCACCUGUAUUGCUUCCAAUCCUGCAGGGGAAGCAACACAAACCGUGGACCUUCAUAUAAUUAAACUCCCUCACCUACUAAACAGUACUAAUCAUAUCCACGAACCUGAUCCUGGUUCUUCAGAUAUCUCCACUUCUACUAAGUCAGGUUCAAAUGCUAGUAGUAGCAAUGGUGACACUAAAAUGAGUCAAGAAAAAAUUGUGGUGGCAGAAGCAACUUCUUCAACAGCACUACUUAAAUUUAAUUUUCAGAGAAAUAUUCCCGGAAUCCGAAUGUUUCAAAUCCAGUACAAUGGUACUUACGAUGACACCCUUGUUUACAGAAUGAUACCUCCUACGAGCAAAACGUUUCUGGUCAAUAAUCUGGCUUCUGGAACUAUGUAUGACUUGUGUGUGUUGGCUAUAUAUGACGAUGGCAUCACUUCCCUCACUGCCACAAGAGUCGUGGGUUGCAUCCAGUUUACUACGGAACAGGAUUAUGUCCGUUGCCACUUUAUGCAGUCCCAGUUUUUGGGCGGCACCAUGAUUAUUAUCAUUGGUGGGAUCAUUGUUGCUUCUGUGUUGGUUUUCAUCAUCAUACUAAUGAUCCGGUAUAAGGUUUGUAACAAUAAUGGGCAACACAAGGUUACCAAGGUUAGCAACGUUUAUUCUCAAACUAAUGGGGCUCAGAUGCAAAGCUGCAGUGUCACACUGCCGCAGUCCAUUUCCAAACAAGCCAUGGGCCAUGAAGAAAAUGCCCAGUGCUGUAAAGUUGCCAGUGACAAUGCGAUUCAGUCUUCAGAAACAUGUUCGAGUCAGGACUCAUCUACCACUACCUCUGCUUUGCCUCCUACCUGGACUUCAAGUGGGUCUGUGUCUCAAAAGCAGAAACGAAAGACUGGCGCGAAGCCAAGUGCUGAGCCGCAGAGUGAAGCUGUCACAAAUGUUGAGUCUCAAAACACUAACAGGAACAACUCAACUGCCUUGCAGUUAGCUAGCUGCCCUCCUGCUUCUGUCACAGAGGGGUCCACAUCUCAAAGAGCACAAACCAAGCCAAAUGCUUUGCUGACUAAUGUUGACCAGAAUGUCCAGGAAACACAGAGGCUGGAGUCAAUAUGAAGAACACUGCUUCCCUCUCUCUUGAAAACAGUUGCCCCUGACAUUUUUACUGGAUAAAAUUUAAAAAUGUUUCAGUUCACAAUGGAUUGUUGAACUGCC